GUGUGAUUAACAUAAUUCUUUACUUUUAUACUACAAAAAAUGUCUGCUAUAACCAAAACCAAGAACUUUAAAGUAUUGCAUACCUUAACCCAAAAUUAUUCUCCUCGAGUAAUAAGUCGAAGACAUUUAAACCUUCAAGAAUAUCAUAGUAAAGACUUAUUGAGAAAACAUCAAGUUUCAAUUCAAAAUUUUCGACUGCUUGACAGUUCUUUAGAUCCAAAGUCAUUAAAUGGUUUUAAAGCUGACGAAUAUGUUGUCAAAGCACAAAUCUUAGCCGGUGGUCGGGGAAAAGGACAUUUCGAUAAUGGUUUCAAAGGAGGAGUCCAUCUAACGAAAAACCAAAAUGAAAUACUAGAUCUAGCUAAGAAUAUGAUUGGACAUAAACUUAUUACUAAACAAACACCCAAAGAUGGGAUACUUGUAAAUAAGGUAAUGGUAGCAGAAAGUGUUAACAUUGUAAGAGAAACAUAUCUAAGUAUUGUUAUGGAGAGGACAUAUAAUGGUGCUGCAUUAGUUGCAUCUCCAGCUGGAGGUAUGGACAUUGAGGCAGUAGCUGAAAAGACCCCACACUUGCUUAAAACAGUCCCUAUUGACAUCCACGAAGGUGUUACUGAUAAAGUGGCUAAAGAAAUUGCUGAAUUUCUAGAAUUCAAAGGUCCUUUAGUAAAUAAAUGUGCAGAAGAAAUUAAAAAAUUAUGGCAACUAUUCCAGAAGGUGGAUGCAACUCAACUGGAAAUAAAUCCUUUAGUUGAGACUGAUGAUGGUAGAGUAGUUGCAGUUGAUGCAAAAAUUAAUUUUGAUGACAAUGCUCAGUUCAGACAGCAAGAGAUAUUUGCUCUAGAUGACACAUCUGAGACAGAUCCAAGAGAGAGAGAAGCUGCUGCUCUCAAUUUAACAUACAUUGAUAUGGAUGGCAGUAUUGGCUGUAUGGUAAAUGGUGCUGGGCUAGCUAUGGCCACCAUGGACCUUAUAAUGUUAAGUGGAGGAAGGCCAGCUAAUUUCCUAGAUCUAGGAGGUGGUGUUGGACAGGCCCAAGUAUCGGCCGCUUUAAGGAUCUUGGAAUCUGACCCCAAAGUAAAAGCUGUAUUUGUUAAUGUGUUUGGUGGAAUUGUAAACUGUGCAACUAUAGCUAAAGGAAUAAUUGCUGCAUGCAAAGAACAUCCUCCUAAGUACCCGAUUGUUAUUAGACUGGAAGGUACAAACUCUGCUGAAGCGAGAACAAUUUUAGAAAAAUCUGGUUUCCCAUUCAGCAUUAUAAACGAUGCAGAUGAAGCUGCUAAAACUGCUGUGAAAUUGGCACAAUAAAAGAAAAAUAUAUAGAAACUUCAGGUGUUAAUGGAUUUCUAUAUUUAUAUUUUAGUUUAUAUAUAAAUAAAAGGUUAGAGUUAUAUUUAAAUUUAAAGAUGUAGUUGGACCAGAAAACGAAUUGAAAUAUAACUUCAAAACAUAGCUCGUUUGAUGUUUUAAGAAUGAGGACAAUAUUUACGUCUAAAUCUAAUACAAUAUAUGUAUAGGCAUUAAGAAUUAAAGACAUUGUUGAAUAUAUGCACAAAUUAUGACAUUGUUAAGUUUUAUAACUUUUGUAUUUGAGAUAAUUUUAAUAUGAUUUGUACUUAUUUAAUGGUAUAUACUUAAUUAUGGUUACAUAGUGUUUAUUAAUAAAAAUGAAUAUUUUUCUGGUGUGAAACAUACUUGUGUACCGUUUUAAAAUAAAAUUUGUAAAGAAUUGAAAAUGUACUCUUGUCAGCCAGAGACACUUACCAUGAUUAUACAUUAGUUCUUCUUAAAUUUAAGCAUUCUUUUGUACAUUGAAAUAAAUAUUAAGUGUA